GAUAACGUAGCCACCUCGGUACGAUUCAAGAUGAGCUUCAAUCUUGACGCACUCUUCCACGACUCUGACGACUUGCGUCCCAAGACUUUGACGCUUAGUCUGUCGGUACCCAAAGCGUCUAUUGUAGAGUCCGCAGGAGGCCUCUGGCAGGAGAAUGCAGUCGAUGAGGAGCAAGAAGCGAAACAUGGAGAAGAAGCCCGUCUGAGAGCCAUGGUCGCCUCCCUGAGCCAAGAGAGCGACUACUGGAAAGCGCAAGCUGAGGAGCGAGGCAAGACCAUCGAAGAUCUGGACCGAAAGACUGCCAAGAUCGCCACCGGACUUGAUCUUCCGACCGACACCGUACGCCGUGUCAACCGCCUCGAAAUCGAGGUCACGCGUCUGCGAUCCGAGAACACGCAGCUGAAAGACACGCUCAGAACUAUCGAAUACGAAAAUGUCAACCUGGGCAAUCAGAAUGAUGGCAAGACGCGAAAACUGAAGGGUGCCAACAAGAAAGUCAAGAAUGCUAAGGAAGUGGCGGGAAAGGAGGAAGAGAAAGCCAAAGAUGCUCAGGGUGACAAGCAGCGCCACCUCGUCUCUGAACGCAGGAUGAAGAAAGAACGCGGUGAUGCUUUGGCUGCACUACAGCAACAGAGAAAGCUCAACGGCGACCUGCGCGCGGAGCUUGAGGUCGAGCAGUCUGGUGCGCCUCACAUGCGCGAUGCGGCUGCGGACCCGAACAACACCACUGCGGUCAUUCCCAUCCAAUUCCAUAUCCGCCACACCGAUGUACAACCUACGAUGAGAGUUCUUCAGUGGCACCAAACGCACCUGACGGAGAGGUUCGAAGAAUGGUACAAGGACUGGAAGAAGGCAUCUACGGGUGAGGUACGCAAAGUAGUCGGCUCGGAAGGUGUGGAUGACGAGAAGAAGAAACUUGAGAAGCUCUACGGAGACAUGAUUGAGAUGCCUGAUGGUUACAUGGAAACUGCUGCUGAGCACGAUGGUCGGCGUUCCAAGCGCGCUGUUCAGGCGGUUUGUCGUCAUGCUGAAGCGAGACACAACGGAGAGAUGUAG